UUUUUAAUGUCAACAAAGAAGAAAUCCAAGGAGGAGAGAAAGACUCAUAAGAAGUCAUCUAAGGCUAAGGGUGGUGUCUCCAAGCCUAUGUCAUUUAAGAUCGUCGUACUUGGAGAGUCGAGAGUUGGCAAAACUUCAAUAAUGCUCAGAUAUUGAAAGAAUGUAUUCGACGAAGGACAGAUCUCCACAACAGAUGCAUCCAAUCUUGAGAAGAAUAUUGAAAUAGAUGACAGGAAAGUCAAGUUAUUCAUAUGGGAUACAGCAGGUCAGGAAGAGUAUCAUGCUCUGAAUAAUGUAUAUUACAGAGAUGCAAUGGCUGCUAUUCUUGUCUAUGACAUUACCGAUAAAGAUUCCUUCGAUAAAGUCCAGACCUGGGUAGAGGAACUCCGACUAUAUCUCCCAGAGGACACUCCAAUUGCUAUUGCUGGUAACAAAUAUGACUUACCAAACCGACAGAUUGUUUUAGAAGAUGCUGAAGAAUAUGCUGCAUCUAUCAAAGGAGCUCAUUUUGAUACAAGUGCUAAGACAGGAAGGGGAAUCGAAGAAAUCUUCACAGCGAUUACCAAAGCAGUCUUAAGGAAAAAUAAAAAAGAGGAGAAGAAGAGAGAAAGUAAGAGAAAGAAGCCUUCCAAGCUUAAAAAUAAUUCCAGCAAUCUCGGAGUUGCAGGCGAAGAUGAUGACCUUGACCUUGGAGAGAUCGCAUCUGGCGGCUAUGGCGGCAUCAGAUUAUCUACUUAUGACGAAGGAGGCAAGAAGAAAAAGAAGGGAGGAUGAUGCAAGUCCAAAUAA